CCAAAAGACAACCGAUAGAGGUCCGUAAUGGGCACCCAGUAUGUUUGUAAACUGGGUUUUUCUAUAAUUUUGUGAAAAUACUGAAAUCGACCGUAAAAAUACUUGUAAAGAAUCGUUUUUCUUUUUCGCGUGCUUUAUUUUGGUCAAUAACAGUAUAUUUUUUUAAUGUGACCUGUGUACAUUUCAGUUUUUUUGAUUGACAAUAGGGGUUAGGUUACCCUUGCGGCCUUAUUGAAACCGUAAGAUAUGAGUGUGCUCAUCAGAACUAAGUUUCCAACAUGUAAGAAGUAUGGUUUUACAUGUCUCCCGUAACAAAAAACAGAUUAUUUUAUUUCCAAUGCUCUAUCAACUAUACGAAACAAAAAUGUGGCAAGCUGAAUGUUUAUAUUGAGUUUUCACAAAGAUGCAAAGCCUGGAGGGAGCAUGUGAGGAGGGUGAACAUACUAUAAAGAAAAUUAAGACUAGUCGGUCCUCCUUGCCUCUGCUUCACCACCAGGAAACAUCAGAAACUGUAGAAAAUUGCACCACACCACAGAAUUUCUGUAUAUUCACAAAAUUCCUUGAAUUACAUAGGGAAGAAUGUGCUAAAGACAACUGUGAGACUAGGACAGGCUUGAAGAAAAAUUCACACAUUUUAGAAAAACUUGUAGCGAGAGAAAGACUGAAUACAUUGAUUCUAAACCUGUAUCCUGGAAAUAAAGGCUAUUCCCUGGCUUUCAGAACCACUUCUCGAAGUAAUCAACUUUUGGAUGAUACUGCCAACAUGAUUGAAACUAAACAGUGGCCUUAUGAAGAGGACGAACUUCUUAGAUACAUAGAUAAUGAAGAACUUCCCCCUUACCUCAUUGAAGUGUUGGAGACGCACUACAGUUUUCUCUUUUAUAAUGGUUGCAUUAUAGCUGAAGUCAGGGACUACCGUCAAUCCUAUCCAGAUUCCAAGUGUGAUAUUCACCAUGUUUUACUCAGGCCUACACUCAAGAGUCUUCUUGCUGACAUCAACAAUCUGGUUGACGAAAAGGUAGAUAUGGGAACCGAGGAGCGGCAGCAAUUAGAAAGCCAAAUAUUAUUAGCAAACAAACCCACUCUAUGCCUAGAUCCGGAUAAUUCGAUCAGUACGAUGCAGUCGCGGAUAAACCACAAUCGGCAGAUGUGGAACAGCCACAGAUUUCGUAGGGCGGCGCGGAAAUUCUCCCAAGUAACCGUGAACCGAAAACGAAAACUCGACCAGUUCACGCACAGGCCCGGCUUAGAGUUAUACGACUUUUUGAGUAGAGCAAAGACGAAACCAAAGACUGGACAUUCACUCGGUGUCAACAAUAAAACGAAAAAGACUCAAGACGAGAUCAAACCUAUUCCCGUACCGAACUUGGACCCUCCACCGAUCGGUCCUCCUUCGCAAGGCGUGUUCAUCAACGAGUUCAAGACCUACCAGCGGCCCAAAGAGACCAGCGACUGCCUGCCGCAGCUGAUCGAAGAGUACGUCCUCGAAACGAACAUGCCCUCGAAGGAGAAGGGCAAGCAGAGGGUCUACCAUAUCAAGUUGUCCAUUCUGCAAAGGCCGUCGAACUCGGAAUAUUUAGGGGAGCUUUACUUAGAUAGGGACCACAAGAAGAACGAAAGGAACGGGGUAGCGUGUAGGUUUUCACUAGGAUCUCGGGCGAACGCAAAUAGGUACAUCCACCAGUUCACGGAGAUUUUCACCGAAAGCGGGCGGAAAUCGGUCAGGAUAUGGUACGGAUUGAGUCCGGGGUACAAGGAGAGGGUCGCCAUGGCGCAAGCGCAAGCGCAGAUACAAGCUCAGAAUGCCGCUCAAACCAACUUGGCCCAGCAGCACUUGACGCAGUUGAGCCAGACGUUGCAGAACCAAUCGUGUGUGACGUCGCCGUUGGUUAAUGGGACUGUGGGUUCCCGGAUUAGUUUAGUGCAACAAAAUCAAAGUAUUCAAAAUACCUCAAGCGUACCGAUCUUGCAGAGCCAUCUGCAGGGAAGUACGCAAGUAAAAUCGACAUCACAAAUUUCUAAUCAAGAACUAGAAAUUAACGCUUUAGCCACCAAGUUAAUGAAUAUGGGCCAGCAGUUUCAAGCGGCAGCCAACGCUAAGCAACAACAACAGCAGCAGCAGCAGCAACAGAAGCUAACGUCAAACCGAAGCAAUACCGCUAUCAUCAACCUCCUCAAUAGCUCCCCAGCUAGCAAUAUAAACAGUGACGCCAGUGCAGCAGUGGUGAACGCAAUAAACAACACUUCAUUGUUACCGCAACAAGUUCAGACUAUAAACCAAAAACUUCUAGCUCGUAAAAUGACUCUCUCAAACGUUGCAAACGCGCGAGUGUUAAACCAUAGCAAUCUAAUAGCCGUCAAUAACAAUCGAAUGAACAUUUCCGAACUGAAUUCGCAAUUGUCGCAACAACAGGGCCAAACGAUAACAUUGACUUCAGUGAACAGUGGCGGCAGUUACACAAACUACACAACAGUUCCCGUCAAACAGCAAGUCGUCAACCAGCAGAUCAUCGCCAACAGCACCAGCGACACCAGCAAGUCGGCGCUGUCGGCGCUCCUGGUGGGCACGCCCGCCGCCGACCGUCCCGACAUCGUCGGCCCCAACACGAACUCCCUCCUCCUGGAGAAGCUGGCGGGCUCGUCGGGCACGAGUACCUCCAGCACGCAGAACUCCACCCACUUCAUCCAGAGCCUCAAGUCCGGCCUGCAGUACAUGGUGCAGUCGCCGCCCAAGGCCAACACGGUGGUGUCGCCGCUGUCGAGUCCGCCGCCGCAGAGCACGAACACGAUCAACUUCGCCCAGCUCCAGAGCCUGUCGGGGCUGCAGAACGUGCAAGUGCAGCUGCCGGGGUUCGCGCAGCCGAUCUCGCUGUCCUUGAACGUUUCGUCCACGGGGAACAUCCAGGGACACCCGACGAGCUUGCUGGUCUCGCUGCCGGUGAGCACGUCGACGACGUCGGCGAACACGAUCACGCAGACGGCGGGCAGUAUGGGGAGCGGGGUGAACUCGAUCGGGGUCGGGACCCCGACGGUGGUGCUGGCGAACGCAGGCAGUUCCAACAUAGCCCAAUUAGUCACGUCGGGAGUGAAGGGCUUAGCCCAACAGGGUAUCCGGGCUCAGGGCGCCACGUCGGUGUCGUUAUCUCAGGGCGGCCAAUCGUAUCAACUAGUGACCCCUUUACAGAGGCCAAGGAUGCAACAAAAUAUCCAAAGAACACCAAUAACCCUCAAGAUGGCAACCCAGAACUCAAAUGCAGCAGUAACGCUGCCGUCAAACGCUUCACUAACAAGUCAACUACAAAAGCAAGCUCAGUUUCAACAGUAUCAGCAACUCUGUCUGAACCAGCAGCAGAAGAACCUGCCGAACGUCGCGGGAAAAAUUAGGAGAAGAUCCAAUACUUCUGAUCCACAGUAAUGUUCUAUUUCUCUGUACAUUAUUUUAUCGAACUAGUCUUUCCUGUUAA